ACUAGUGCAAAAAGUUUGUUUGUUCGUGCUGAACAAACCUGUUGUUUGUGGAGAUUUUGCAUGUUAUGAAUGAUUAAUUAUAUAUGUGAAGAAAGUUUGAAAAAGAUAAAAUUAAAAUUUUCAGAAAAAAAAUUUAAAGGAUUUCGGAUCGAGAUUAGUUACGAAAAUCCCUAAGAGACGCCAUUUUAUUCCUCGAAAUAUUAGCCGCAGUCGAAACGUUUGUGAAAGUUUUGUGUAGUUUUCCGCUGUUUUUAUUCGGAAUGUGUGGACCUGCACAUUUUUUUCAAUCUAAAUGAUUUCAUUUUUUCCAGCGAUAUGAGUAUUAUAAAAAUUUAAACUUUUGUCAGGUUAUACAUUCUCAGUAAUUAUUUCCCUUUAACACAUACAUAUUCAUCAGUUAAUUGCUUUCAGUGUAAUCAGGAUAAGAAUAUUGGAGCUUAAUCAUGGCUAUGCACACUGUUCCACCAAAGCGAAAAGAAAUCUACAAGUAUGAAGCCCCAUGGCCGUUGUACAGUAUGAACUGGUCAGUGAGGCCUGAUAAAAGAUUUCGUUUAGCAUUGGGAAGUUUUGUGGAAGAGUACAACAAUAAAGUACAAAUUGUUUCGCUGGACGAAGAGACAUCUGAAUUUAGUGCUAAAAGUACAUUUGAUCAUCCUUAUCCAACUACAAAAAUUAUGUGGAUACCAGAUAGCAAAGGUUUAUUUCCCGAUCUUCUUGCCACAUCUGGUGAUUAUUUAAGAGUGUGGCGUGCCGCCGAACCUGAGACUCGUUUGGAAUGUGUCUUAAAUAACAAUAAGAAUUCUGAUUUCUGUGCGCCACUUACGUCCUUUGAUUGGAACGAGGUAGAUCCGAAUCUUAUCGGCACUUCUAGUAUAGACACUACUUGCACUAUAUGGGGCUUAGAAACAGGACAGAUGUUGGGCAGAGUAAACAUGGUUACGGGUCAUGUAAAAACACAGCUGAUUGCUCAUGACAAAGAAGUAUACGACAUUGCAUUUAGCCGCGCCGGAGGUGGUCGCGACAUGUUCGCGUCUGUCGGUGCUGAUGGUUCUGUGCGAAUGUUCGAUCUGCGACACUUGGAGCACUCGACGAUAAUCUACGAGGAUCCGCAACACACUCCGCUAUUGCGACUAGCAUGGAACAAGCAGGAUCCAAAUUAUCUUGCUACUGUAGCAAUGGACGCAUGCGAAGUCAUUAUCCUGGAUGUUCGUGUACCAUGCACGCCAGUCGCAAGAUUAAGUAAUCACAGAGCCAGCGUUAAUGGUAUAGCUUGGGCCCCACAUUCGUCAUGUCACAUUUGCACUGCUGGUGAUGAUAAUCAAGCAUUGAUUUGGGAUAUACAGCAAAUGCCAAGAGCGAUAGAAGAUCCUAUACUUGCUUACACUGCUGCAGAAGGUGAAGUUAAUCAGAUUCAGUGGGGCGCCACGCAGCCCGAUUGGAUAGCCAUUUGUUACAAUAAAGCAGCCGAGAUUCUUCGAGUUUAAAUUAAGAAUCUCUCAUUAAAAUAUAAUUAUUUUUAAUUUUAAUUUAAAUGCGCGAAUGAUAAAGAAUUAGUAUUUUUUUUUAUAUUAACUUAAAAUAUAUUCUGAGCGAAUGGCUGUAAAUAGCAACAUUCAAUUUUUG